AGCUCCCCCAGCACACCUUCUGCACUGGACGGGACCCCAGACAUGAGGAGGCUCUUCCUGAUCACCAGCCUGGUGGCUAUGCUGCUGCAGGAGGCAAGCAUGGCCCCAGCACCCCAGGUCCCUGUCAAGUUCCAAGUCAGACUCAGGGCCCCUGAGCAGGACACAGAGAAGGCCUGGGGCACCCGUGUGCUGGCACUUCCAGAGAAGGGACUGCUGCCUAUACUGAAGCUGAAGGUCUUGGCUGUCGAGAAGAAGCUGCCAGGCACCAAGGCCUGGGUGGAGCCUGAGGACAUCCUGGGCCAUGUCCGGAGUCCCCUGCAGGAUCCUGAGCCAGAUCAUGACAGCUUGUAUCACUCACUGACUGAGGACCAGGGAGGGACCAGGCCUUGGCUGAGGGCACUGCCAUCUCACCAGGUGCUCCGGGGACCAGAGGAGGACCGAGACCACAUCUACCACCCUGCAGAGGGGCCUGGAGGGCCCUGAUUGCCCUCCUAGCCCUGUCCUGGGGCCCAGGCUGUCAGGACUCUGACCUCUGCCCAGAAAAAUAAACACCUGUCAAUAGCA